UAUGAAUUCAACAACUCCAAAAUCAAGUGGAAUCAAUUACGCAAGUAUAAUUUUAGUUAUGAGCUGAUGGUAGAAUUAAGAAAGCAACGAUCAAACUAAGACACUUUACCAAAAUCAAUGUCAACCAAUAUAAAAAUGGAUAUCAAUUAGGCUUAAUAAUUUGGAGGGAUGAAGCACCGAAGUACUUCUUAACACAAUAUUCAUGAAAUGGCAUAAAUUUAGUUGUUUGAUUAAUGUUUAGUGAAAUAAGCAAAUUAAAAUGAGUUUCUGGUUUUCCUAGAUAGAUAGAUGCAAUACUUUUGUUAAACAACUCCAGUAAUCAAUGAUGUCUAUAAGCUUAGCAAAACUUUUCGUCUUUCAGAGUCAACAAUAAAGCGAUUCAGGAUGAAAAGAAAAAGCUGUAAAUUGAACUCCAAAAGUAUAACUAAGAAAACGCUUUUUUGAUUAAAGAAAUAAAGGACCUAAACAAGACUAAGCAAAUGCUUGUAAAACGAUAUGAUGCCUUGCAAGGUCUGAUUUUAAAGGAACGAUUAAACAAUCAACCCAGGGUUCAUUAAUAUAGCAAUCCGAAAUUUCAGCAUCUUUUCAAUCAAAUUUCGCCAGUUUAAGAGACUAUAUCAUCAUUGACUGAUGAGAGAGUAACAUUAUCCAUAGUUAUCUUAUUUAGUUUGAGAGUAAUGCAACUUCGCUUGAUUCUUCUCUAUCAUACGAGGAUGAUUAAUCAUCUGCAUCGUAAUUGCUAGAUUUAUUGUAGAAAAAUUCGAAGCAUAGAUUCAAUUUUUAAAAGCAAAUGGUAUGA